AUGUCGACUCCCAUCGUCCCAGCUCGGCCUACGCGAGCCAAUGUCAGCGCCGGCCCAACCGAUGCAAUGCCUCACGUGCCCCCUCGACCCCUCCGCAAGACCGACCCCUCCCCCAACCGCAAUGACUACCGCUCGCCUCUCAACGAGCUUCCGGACCCUAUGGGUCGCUUGUCAAAGCGCAUUUCCCACUCCAACCUCCACCCCUCCGACCUCCCUCCCCGCCCUCCGAGCGUUUCCUUCCCAUCCGUCGGGCAAGAAGGAGAAGAAUACGCAAGCCUCACCCCCGAAUCGAGCCUUACCACUCCCAAGCAGACAAUCAAUGUGGACAAGGACAUGCCCCUGCAUGCGCCAAGAGCUUCCGUGCCGCAGUCGACUGCCACCAGCCGCAUCUCGACCGUCACCUCGACAGAUUCCACACAGGCAGCCGCAAUGGGCAUCGGAAGGGCCAAGCCCGCUGAUGAUGUUCACAAAGCCCCGGCAUCCGGCCGCAGCCUGACUCCGGACAUCAAAAGCGACGAGCUGAAGCGUAUCGUGACCGAGCCGGCGCCGCUGAGGCAGAAGCCUAGCUUCACCCGAUCCACCUCGGCCACACCGCAUGGCUCUUCGCGGCCCGCCAGUAUGUACGAGGAGGAGCAUCACCACGGCAUUCCCGAAAUCGGUCGGCAGAUCCCUCUGUACCCCAAUGCAGGUGACGUGCAGGCGCCAUCUCCCGGUCAAGCCAUGUCCCAACACGCCCCGGGCAUCGGCUUCUUCAACGACGGUUCAAACCGUGCACAUCAGAGGAGGAGGAGUGGCGUUCGCGACUUUAACCCUCCGGGCAGCUAUGGACUCCACAGCCAUGGCAUCGAGCCUCACGAUCAGUUCGAGAGAGACUGGUACGCCAAGAACCCGGACAAGGCUCUGGUGGAAGGGCACCAUGCAUAUGGCCGACCGAGACCGGAGUCGGCGUUGAGCAGCGCCGAGCUGAACAGGCUUGUCACACAGACUGAUAACACUAGCAUGGGUCCGGCCCCAAUCGGCACUCCUGGCGAAGAGGUUGGCUAUCAUGCUUCCGAGCAAUACGCUGCCCGGAUUUCUCCCAAACCAUCCGCCCCGCCUACUCAGCAGCGUACCAAGCGCUCAUCGAGCGGAUCCGAACCUGCCAGGGAGUCGCCUUUGCGACGCACCAGCUUCCCGUGGAAGGGCCAUGAGCAAGCCGUUGCUGCGGGGGAUCAUGGAGUGAUUCAUGUCGAUGCGCCGGAAUAUUCCCACAAUAAAGUCACUGGAGGAGGCCCCGCGGACGGUGCUGUAGAUUUCGGCCCAAAUGCCGGUAAUACGGCGGCAGCCGGCGGGUGGUUUGAGGAACGUGGCACGGGCACACCCAUUCUGGCUUCAGACGAGAUUUCGAAGCGCCAUGAAAGCCUGUACAUGCAGCCAGCCGUGAAUCUCGAGUAUCACCAUGACGAGUACGACAGUGACCACGCCUACGACCGUCCGCACAGCCGCAGCAGCGCCGGGCGCCCCCCGAGUAGGCCGUCCAGUCGACCGGGCAGUGUGCAUGGAGACUAUCUCGGCGGCAACCUGCAUCGCUGGGCUUCUCACGAAGACCCGCACCAUGUGUCGGCUUUGCAUACGCCACUCGAGGAAAUCGAGGAGUACGAGCCGCUUAUUCCCGAAGGCGAAGACAAUGUGCCCAUCCGAAGAAUGAAGACCAAUGAGGCUAAGAAGCUGCGUCCUGGGCUUGAGCUUCAUCAUUUCCCGAGUCAGGAUAUCUGGGAAGACACCCCGUCGUCCUUGCAAUUCUCCACCACUGUCUCGACGCCUGACAUUACGGAAGAAAAGCCUGCCACUUCCUCUACCGGCUCUGCGCUUUUUGAAACGCCGCAGGAAGAGGAGAAUCGGAAAACACACAGCUCGACGGGGAUGACGAGUGAUGAGAAGACGUUGAUUAAACCGCAUUACGCCUCGCGAGCCGUCGGUGAACGCCCGGGCGUUCAACGCUUCCCCAGCAAGGAUAUCUGGGAAGACACGCCUUCUUCUCUGCAGUAUUCCACUACCGUUGGGAGCCCGCAGAUGGAUGACACGAGAAGCAUGCCCGAUGACAGACCCACUACCUCUGCCAUCCCGGGCAGCCAGGAUGAUGCGAACGCCAGAGCUUCAACGGGCUACUCCCAGCUCAUGCGCCCUUCGAUUCCUACCAGGCCAAAGCAUAGGAGCAAGCUUGCGGAGGAAGUGAAGCCUCGCGAUGUCGUGGAGAACGAGGAGGAGGGUGCCGCAGCGUCUGCGGAAGCCAGCGAAGACCAGCCUUCUUCCCCAGAGAAGACCAGAGCUCCGCCCAUCCCAGAUCGCCCGAAACCUACGAUUCCCGCCCGCCCUGCGAGGACCUCUCGUGGAGAACACACCGACGCGUCCGGCGCAGAGCUGACCAAGAGCCCCUCGGCCGAAGCCGCCGCCGCAGCCGAAGCUCCUAUCCCCGUCACCAAGACCAAGCCCGUCGUUCCCACCCGUCCGGGCACGGAGAAGAUUGCAGCGCUCAAAGCGGGCUUCAUGAACGAUCUCAACAAUCGUCUCAAGAUCGGGCCUCAGCCUACCAAAACGAAAGAGGUCGAGCCGGAGGGCGCCGACGAAGAAGUGGAAAAGGCGCCCCUGGCCGACGCGAGGAAGAGCCGGGCUAAGGGCCCCGCGAGACGCAAACCUGCUGCAGCGGUGGACAGUGAUUCCCGAGCACCCUCGGCUUUCUCCUUCUCCAUGACGCGCCACAUGUGGUCGAUUGACGAGAACGACGAGCUCCAAGCCACUGCCGAGGCAGAAGAGCCCUCAGCGCCAGCUGCAGACAAAUUAGAACAAGUCCUCUCAGCGAACGAAGCGGUGAACACAGAGGAACCCCCUCUCGCCGAACCCCCUGCUGCCGAUGACGCGGCGCCUGAGCUCCCCAAGCUCCGCAAACCCUCCGUCACCCUGGCCGAGGGCGCACGCGUGGCGUUAGAGCAGAGCUCCUCCUCCCCCGAGGAGAAGAAGUCUGUUGCUGCCAAGUUGGAGGCGGAGUUGGCGGAGGUCGGCGCCGGGCCGGCGAUUACGUCUCCUGAGGCUACUGCUGAUGGGGGGGAUGGGGAGUUGGCGCCUGUUGCUGAGUUGAAGUCGGAGACGGAGUUGACUUCUGCUGAUAAGGCUGUCGAGGAGGGGAGUGCGGUUGGUGCUGUUGGCGCUGGUAGUAAUGUGGUGGGUAGUGAAGACGCGGUCGAGUAG